AUGGAAACCAAAAUUGGAGGUGAUAGGGCUAAAGAGAUUUCGAGUAGACUCCCUUUUGAUGAGGCCUUUCAUACUGACACUAUCGGUUAUGCUGGUGGGCUCUGGAUGUUAUGGAACUCAGAUAGGGUGGAGGUCUCCAUUUUAUCCAGCACAGAGCAGGAAAUUCAUGCUGUUGUUAAGGUAUUAAAUUCCAACUUAAGCUGGUUAUUUACUGCUAUUUAUGCUAGUCCUAGGACUGCUGAGAGACAUAUUCUUUGGGAAAAUCUAAAUAAAGUAGCUGAGCUGCAUAAUAUGCCUUGGGUUUUAGCGGGAGAUUUUAAUGAACCUCUCUUAAAUGAGGAUAAAUUUGGGGGGAGAGCGGUGAGUGUGAAUAGGUCUCUUCUUUUUAAGGAAUGCCUUGAUAACUGUGGGAUGAUUGACAUUGGGUUUUCUGGCCCUCGGUUCACUUGGACUAAUAAAAGAGAAGUUCAAGCACUCAUCCAAGAAAGAAUUGAUAGAUUCUUUGUCAAUGCCAGCUGGUGUACUUUGUAUCCUGAAGCUAGGGUUGUUCACCUCACAAGAUGUCACUCCGAUCACUGUCCUGUUAUGCUGGAUAUGUUGCCUACUAAUCACAUGGGUAGGAAGAGGCCUUUUAAGUUUCAAACAUGCUGGUUGACUGAUCCUACCUUUCCUAGGAUUGUAUCCCAUGCGUGGAGACAACAUAACAUUCUUGAGGGGGCUAUAGAAACUUUCUCGAAGGAAGCGUUGGUUUGGAAUAAGGUGCAGUUUGGGAAUAUCUUUGCGAAGAAAAAGAAAAUCAAGGCUAGACUUAACGGCAUUCAAAAGGUUGUUGGAGUUAGACCAUCUACCUUUCUUCUUGAGCUUGAGAAGGAGCUUCUUGGAGAGUUAGAUACUAUCUUAAGGUAG